CUUGCAUAAAUACAGCGGUCCAUCCGCAUGUGCUGCAUUAUCUCUUACAUCGACCCCCUAACUGUCGAAUUGUAAGGCGCCCCUUCGAGGAGCUUCUGCAACGCUCUACCGCAACAUAAAUCGAGAAAAAUGCGUGAGUGUAUCUCCAUCCAUGUUGGCCAGGCUGGUGUCCAGAUUGGCAAUGCCUGCUGGGAGCUCUACUGUCUGGAACAUGGAAUCCAGCCUGACGGACAGAUGCCAAGCGACAAAACAAUCGGAGGAGGAGACGACUCUUUCAACACGUUCUUCAGUGAGACUGGAGCUGGAAAGCAUGUUCCCAGGGCUGUUUUUGUGGACCUGGAGCCCACUGUCAUUGAUGAGGUGCGCACUGGGACCUACCGCCAGCUGUUCCACCCUGAGCAGUUGAUCACUGGCAAGGAGGAUGCUGCCAACAACUAUGCCCGUGGACACUACACCAUUGGCAAAGAGAUUAUUGACCUGGUGCUGGACAGGAUCCGCAAACUGGCUGACCAGUGUACAGGCCUACAGGGCUUCCUGGUUUUCCACAGCUUUGGAGGAGGCACUGGCUCUGGUUUCACCUCCCUGCUGAUGGAGCGCCUGUCUGUUGACUAUGGCAAGAAGUCUAAGCUCGAGUUCUCAAUCUACCCCGCUCCCCAGGUGUCCACUGCUGUGGUGGAGCCCUACAACUCCAUCCUGACCACCCACACCACCCUGGAGCACUCUGAUUGUGCUUUCAUGGUGGAUAAUGAGGCCAUCUACGAUAUUUGUCGUAGGAACCUCGAUAUUGAGCGUCCUACCUACACCAAUCUCAACAGGCUAAUUGGUCAGAUUGUGUCCUCCAUCACCGCUUCUCUUCGUUUCGAUGGUGCUCUUAAUGUUGAUCUGACUGAGUUCCAGACCAACUUGGUGCCAUAUCCCCGUAUCCACUUCCCACUGGCCACCUAUGCCCCUGUCAUCUCAGCUGAGAAGGCUUACCAUGAGCAGCUCUCAGUGGCUGAGAUCACAAAUGCAUGCUUUGAGCCAGCAAAUCAGAUGGUGAAAUGCGACCCUCGCCACGGCAAGUACAUGGCUUGUUGUCUUCUGUACCGUGGUGACGUGGUGCCCAAAGAUGUCAAUGCUGCCAUUGCCACCAUCAAGACCAAGCGCACCAUCCAGUUUGUUGACUGGUGCCCAACUGGUUUCAAGGUUGGCAUCAACUACCAGCCCCCCACUGUAGUCCCUGGUGGGGACCUGGCCAAGGUCCAGAGGGCUGUGUGCAUGUUGAGCAACACUACUGCUAUUGCAGAGGCCUGGGCUCGUCUUGACCACAAGUUUGAUCUGAUGUAUGCCAAGCGUGCCUUUGUGCACUGGUAUGUGGGUGAGGGUAUGGAGGAGGGAGAGUUCUCUGAGGCCAGAGAAGACAUGGCUGCCCUGGAGAAAGAUUAUGAGGAGGUGGGAGUUGACUCCAUUGAGGGUGAGGGAGAGGAGGAAGGAGAGGAGUACUAAAAGAAUUAAAGGUGGUCGUUAGGCAGGAAACCGUUUCCAAUGUGACUUUAAGCAUUCCAACAAGACUAUGUCAGUCAAUUUUAAUGUCUGGCAAUGUCCUGAAUAAAGUUCCUAUGUG